UGGGGGCGUAUCUCGUCGCCGGGUCACACCAGCUGAUAACAUGGCGGAUAACGACUUGCUUGUGAUCCAGACAGGAGGAACAAUAGACAAGGAUUACCCCAAACGUAAGGGAGGCUACGCGUUUGAGAUCGGGGACUCCGCUGUAGAGAAGAUGGCGAGGACACUCACUCCCAGGUCCUCCUGGACCUUCAGGACCGUGUGCAGGAAGGACAGUCAGGACAUCACACAGGAGGACAGAGAGUCCAUGUUGCAAGUGUGCAGUGACUCUCCCAUCAGACGGAUCCUGAUCACACAUGGAACAGACACGCUAAUAGAAUCAGCUCAGUUCAUCGGCUCUCACCGACUGGAAAAGGUCAUUGUCCUAACGGGGGCCUUCUUGCCACAUACCUUUAAAGGCUCGGAUGCGGAAUUCAACGUUGGUUUUGCUGUAGGUUGCCUCCGGUGCCUCACCAAGCCUGGAGUCUAUGUCGCCAUGGGGUCACAGGUAUUUGACAGUAACGACGUGAGUCGAGAUGACGCGAGUGGCGUGUUUGUAAAGAAGUUCGUCGCUUCAUGAAUGUAUACAUCAUUGUUCGCCAGUUCGUGAAUGUAUUCAUCAUUGUAAUAUCAACAAAAUAAAAUCAACAUAUAAAUCAAAAUAUAUUUCAACUGUGAAUAUCAUGAUUAAUGUUUCUGAUUUUGAUAUUCAAGAUCAGUGGGAUCAUAAGGGACUUGUCAUGUAUUCUAGGGUGUGGUGGACCAAAG